AUGGCAUCCUCAUCGGAAAACCUGUCCAAAGCACUGCCGCACAUGGCGAUGGCCACCAAGGCCAUCCACGCGGACGACAGUGUCAGCGCACACCGAGCCAUAGCGCCGGCGAUGCAUGUGGCCGUCACAUAUCGAUAUGCGCGAGAACCCUCCCAGCUCAUCCAAAUGGAGAACAAAGACCCCAAUGCCUCCCUCGACUCUCACGUCUACGGACGCUACUCUGCCCCUAACGCAAGCCGCUUCGAAACCGUCCUCAAGCACCUUUUCGGCGGCGGCGGCAUAAUGACCUACGCACGGAACUCGCUGCAUUCCAUGCUGCCAUGGUGUUACUGA